GAGACAUAUGGGCACUGCAUGAAUUGCAGGACAGCAGGACUCGGAGAGUCUGAGAAGAAAGAGAGUGAAAGAGAGAGAGAUAAAAAGAGGACGGUGUCAAGAUCAGUGAAAAAGCAGCUGGAAAAGGCCUAGAAAGGAAAUUCUCAUAAUUAUGGGAAAGUCAGCCUCAAAGCAAUUCAAUAAGGAUGUGCUGAAGUCUCAUAAUGAAUACAGAAAGAAGCAUCAAGCACCGCCGUUGAAGCUCAGCAAGAAUCUUUGUACAGAGGCGGCGAGAUAUGCAGAGGGUUUGGCCAGCAUCAUGAUUUUAAAGCACAGUGCUGAAUUGAGUAAUGUAAACUGUGGAGAAAAUCUAGCCUUGGCGUCUAAUGAUCAAACAGGAAAGGAUGUGACUGAUCGCUGGUAUAAUGAGGUGAACCUGUACAACUUUAACCACCCUGGAUUCUCCUCUGGAACUGGUCACUUCACUGCAAUGGUCUGGAAGAGCUCAAAGAAGCUGGGUGUUGGUAAAGCUGUUGCAUCCGAUGGCUCCACAUUUGUGGUGGCGCGCUACUUCCCUGCCGGGAAUGUCACGAAUCAGGGCAACUUCGAAGCAAAUGUCCUGCCUCCUAGGAGUCCUAAGCUGUUCCUGGAAUGCUUGAGGAGCUAGAGGAUGGAAGUCAUCUGCUGUUUUAAAGUUAAGAAGUGAAUUGGAGCCCUAUGGCUAAGCAUUAUUUAAUACACUGAUGGCUUACAUUUUGGUUGGCCUUAAUAUUUAUUUUUAAAACACUAAGCUCAAUCCAUGUUCAAUGAUAAAACUGAUAGCUGGAGUAUUUCAGAGCUAUACAAGAUCAUUGAGCUGAUAUACAUAAAUGUAUUGAGGGGUAUUUUUAGACAUGUAGUUUCAGACAUGUAGUUCCCCGGAGCGUACACAGGCUGUCUCUUGUCUAACUUAAGUCCAGGGGAAACUCAUAAGAGUGUCACAGUAUCAUUGUUUAACACUGAACAAGUGCCUGUUUUACUUUAAAGAAAAGGCCAGUGUUUUGUGUGUAUUGUUUCAGUGUUGAGGUUUGGAUAAGCAACGAUAUAAAUUUAAACAUUUUAAAAUUCUGCGUGAGUUUGCCUAUUAACCUUACAUUUCAAAAUAACACAACCAUAGUGGAUUUUUCUUUUAAAGGGUCACCACAGCAGACCAUCCCAUUUGCACCAUCCAAUUAGCACUCUGGAUACCCUUUUUUACAUUUUUCAAACCAGGCUUGGGACCGGCACCGCAUGCAGUGGCUACUACAGAGUAGUAUAGGGUGUGGCGACCCAUUGAUGGCAGGGCUCAAACUCACAUCCACAGAUCCUCAGCUCCUCAAAUGAACAACCCAGAGCCUUAGUCGCCUGAGCCACCACUCUCCAGUGGGUUGUGCUGUAUCUGGUGUUAUUUUAAAACAGGAUAUUCCAUAAGCAGGAAUUGUCAAUUCUCUGACAAGUUUAAACUUACAGUCAUGAAUUUCUACAAUUCUCCUUUUAAUGGACACAAAUUAGCCUGUCUACUUCACACCAAAAUACUUUGAACCUUUUUCCAGUAGAACCUCUUGGACUGCUCUCAGGAGGUUCUCUAACAACUGGUGGAGUACACUGUCUGGCCAUACACACU